AUGUCCGAAGGAAUAAAGAAAAAUGCAAAGUCAUUCACUCCUUAUAUUGCAAAGCCUUCAGAUAUUGCCUCAGUGGAUGCUUCGUUCGAUCCCAUAAGAUAGUAUAGAUUGAGAGUCUAAAGUUCACUUGAUCCCCAGGUCCAAUAGUUGUCAUCUGAUUAACCAUUAUCUAACAACUUAUUUUUCAACCCUUAAUAUACUACUUUUGAUAUAUCCCAACGAGUAUCAUUUGAUGGCAACAAUGAUUUUAUGUUGAACAAUCUGAGAGGACCAUUUGUCAAUAGUUCUCUUGAUAGCAAACUAAUCCACAAACCCUUUGAUGUCUUUCAAUCCUAAAAUAGACAAAUCACUCCCAUGAUGUCUUAUUUUUUUAACUCACCCAGAUAAUCAUUUUAUCCAUUCCAACAACAACCACAACAAAACGAAUUACCGCCAUAUUCGAACAAGAGUUUGGAUAGAUAGAUUAAGGUCACUCAAAUUAAUUCUCCAUCCCAAUUUAUCAUUAGACCACCUUCAAUUUAAAAAUAACAGACGAAUACCAACUUAAACCAUUUUAAAAAAGAAGAGUUGAAAUUGCUUAUCAAGGAAGACUCAUGUGAAAGCGAAGUAGUUAAUAUGAGUGAGAGUAGUUGGAAUUAAAAUAAGGAUGACAAAAAAGUAAUCAAAAUUGGCAAACGUACGACUAGAAAAAGAUGCGUAUUUUAAGAGAGUUCUGAUUCAUAUAAGAUUAGUAGAAAAAAGAAAGGAUCGAAAGUGAACGAUACAAAGAACAUUACCAAGAAUUUCUCAAAAGCAAUCAUCUCAUAUAUUCUUAAUAACGAAGAACUGAUUUUAGGAUUCAUGAAGAAGGACCAAUAUGAUAGCUUUGUUUAGUUAUUGAAAACCAAGAAGAAUUAAAUGACAAAUAUCAAAUAACUUAGAGAUUUAUGGGUUGACGGAGGAAAGAAUCCUGAUUUCAAUAGAGUAUUUCGAAUCAUAAGCUAGUAUUUCCUAAAAAACCAAUCUGUUGCUUAUGUAUAUAAUUCACGUAUUUCAAACACAGCUUGGCAUUUAAAGUAUAGACAAAAUUUAUUAAGGGCCCUUAAGGAGCCUGAUAAUUUUAAAUUCAUUAAAGACAUAUGA